GAGAUAUCUACUCGUACUAGGAAACCAUAUUGCCACUUUAAUGAGUUCAUUUCUCAAAUGUCUUUAUUUCUCUUAAUUUUCUUCUCCAUUGGAGCUCUGCAACUGGAAAUUAAACAAUGUCUGGCGUAUGGAUAUUCGACAAGAAGGGUGUUGCCCGUUUGAUCACCAACCCUACUCGCGAGUCCUUCGAGCUAAUGGAACCAACAUAUCCAGGCACUGGUACAGCCACUGCACCCGGAGCGCGCCCGAAGGUGCUAGUGUAUCUACCAGAGAACCAGGUGAUUUGUUCCUAUGCUGACCUAGAGAAGAUACUCAUUGAGCUUGGAUGGAGUCGCUACAACAACCCAAUAAGGUCAGAUUUCAUGCAGUUCCACAAGUCGGAUGACUCUGCACAUCUCAUCUCACUUCCUAAAGAUUUUAGAAACUUCAAAUCUCUACAUAUGUAUGACAUCGUCGUCAAGAAUCCAUCUUUCUUUGAAGUCCGUGAGCCAUUUGGCUAGCCUUUAUCAAGGGCGGAUUUAGAGUACCAUUUACGGAUUCAUGUGAAUUCAGUACAUUUUACUCGUAUCUUAUAUAUGUAUUAAAACAUUUGUUAUAUAUUUGACUAUAAACUCAGUUAUUAUUAUA